AAGGCGUUUGACGUGCAUUGGUGUGGGAAGCGGCAGUUCUAGUGCUAAACCACUACCGAAAAGACUACAAAAGCUGUGGCGGUUAAAAUAGAAGAGCCCCAUCAGGUUUUAAAUCAUAACUUUCUGUUUUGGCUAUCGGUCCAGGUCCGUAUGGGACAGCUUCUGCGUCUGGGUCCGGCGUGGUCCGCCUGUUAGUGACCGCUGCUCUAUUGGUAUAAUUAAUCAUUCUAGAAAGAUUGACCUGAUUUAGCCCAAAUAUAAUGGUAAUGAUAACUUAAUCAGUACUAAACAGACCAUGAGCAUUAAACUAUGGAAGCUUAUCGCAUAUGAGAGUUAACAUGAGUGACAAAAUAACGCUGGGUUAAAUGGUUAGAAUGUUUGUGCUUGGUGGUUCGUUCUGUGAUCGACAUGUUUGUUAGCUGCCGGUGCAAAGCUGCGUGUCGACUCCGUAUACAAAAACCUUUAAAUUGAUUUAAAUUAUGUUAGACAGACUUUUGUGGAUUGUUUAAGAAUAAGAACAGUGUGACAUUUGUUAGUUCAGCAAAAACACAAAAAGCGUUGUCCACGCCGCUUAAUUUAAUUUGCGUUACUUAACAUCGCACAUCCUGCGAUGUGACUAUUGCACGUGCGUACAUUGCGAUGACGAUGCUGAAAUGAUAUAUCGUGCAGCCCUAGUAUGUAGUAUUGUGAUGUCUCAAAAUGUCAUUACUCACCUGAAUAGUAUUGUCACCUCAGCUAUGUAUAAAUGUAGAAUUAAAACGUUCAAAAAAGAAAUUCUUUAAUUGAAGUGUGUAUGCAUUCCCCCCCUUCCACAUACACAGUCAAGCCACCCAAUCAGCACCCUUUCCUGCAGUUUUUAUAAUUCCUAAGUUUCCAAGAGAUGUUCAGACAACAUUGGACUAAAAGCAGGCUUGUUUGAUUGAGCAGUCAGAUUGCAGCAAAAUUGUUAGAACACUCUAUGAAAGCAUGGUUCAGUACAAACUGUUUCUCAGCAGUGAUGAGUAUGUGCGUGUAUGCAAGGCACUGAUUUUGAAGUACCCUUUCUUAAAGGACAAAGACGGGAAUGGUUAUCAUACUUGGCACGUGUCACUAAGACGAAAGUUUAAAUAUGAACGCAAACCACUAAUUGAUGUGGAAGAGUUACAAAGAAUGAAGAGGAAGUUUGGACAUGCCAAAAAGUUCCAGCAACAUGAAGAAAAUGCUUGCAAGCGAAGAAAGAAAUCGGAGAUAUCUAUUGUUGGGGAGGAUGCUACCUCAGUAGAGAGACAUGUAAAGGUCCUGCAGGAUCAAUAUCGAAAGACACAUCCAGAUGUGCACAUUGUGGAGGACCGUAUGCAUAGGACAUUUGCCUGGAGGAGGCAGGAAAUUGCCAAUGGGAUGAUGCUCCAUGAUACCAUCAACAAAUAUCCAUUCCUACAGAAUCCAUCUGGGCUUUUUCAAUAAGUGGCUAAAAAGAAAUCUUCCUUUGCAACUUUAAUAAGUGAAGAGAGAGAGUUGGCCCUUGCUGAAGAUGUACCUCGGAUUGAUUUCAAUUCUGCUAUCCUACUGUUGCCAAUCCUGUUCAGGGAGAAACUUGAGAAUUACAUCAUUCUUGGGGAGGCUGAGCCAACAUCACCAUAUCCAACUAUCCAGGAGGAGGAUGUCACAAUCUGGAGGUCUCUGUUCACAGGAAGAGUCUCUGCAGUUAUCAAGGUGGAUGGGUUGUCGGUUUGCAGAGCACAAAGUCUUG